GCGUGCACAGAGGGCGCACUACUGCCAACGCUCGACGAUCGCGACGACGGCGAAUAAACACCUCCUCCAGGACCUGCGGGCGACCAGCACAUUUCAUAAUAAAAAUAUAAAGUGAAUUAGGCUAGUAGAGCCUUGGUUUGUAGUCAAUCAUGUCUGAAUCAUCAUCUUAUGCACACUGCAUAGCCCUGCCUCCCGACCAAGUUUUUAGAAAUUUAAAGAAUGCAAAACGUUUUGCUAUAGAUAUCGGUGGAUCAUUAUGCAAAUUAGCAUACUAUUCAACCUUGCACAAGAAACGAAGUCAUUGCUCAGAAGCAGAAAAGCAAACAGAAGAUGGAAAAGAAAGCCCUCCGUUGUAUGUGGUUGGAGAAGAGGAGGAAAUUUCUACCCGUCUUCAUUUUAUUAAAUUUGAAACUAAGUAUAUUGAAAGUUGUCUAGAUUUUAUCAAGCAGAACUUAAUAGAAAGUGAAGAACAAAUGAACGGAAAAAUUGUGAAGGCAACAGGAGGCGGAUCACAUAAGUAUAAAGAACUUUUAUCUGAGAAAUUAGGAGUAACGAUUGAAAAAGAAGAUGAGAUGGAGUGCUUAAUAAAGGGGUUACAUUUUCUGCUGAGGAAUAUUCCAGAUGAAGCAUUCAUCUUCCAGCGACAUGCCAAUCAGAAGUAUCAAUUCCAACCAUCAGACCCAAAUUUAUUUCCCUACCUGCUGGUUAACAUUGGGUCAGGUGUCAGUAUAGUUAAAGUUGAAUCAGAAACACAGUUUGAGAGGAUCGGAGGCUCGGCUAUGGGUGGUGGAACUUUCUGGGGGCUAGGCUCUCUUCUCACAAAAGCUAAGGGUUUUGAUGAACUGCUUCAACUAGCCAUGGCCGGUGAUCAUCGCAACGUGGACAUGCUGGUGAAGGACAUCUACGGUGGUGCCUACUCUGCAAUGGGACUGCCGGAGGACUUACUAGCUUGUCACUUCGGGAGAACUGUCAAACAUUCGAUGGACGACCAAUUUAGCUCAGAAAAUGGUAACUAUGCACGUGAAGACAUUGCAAAGAGCCUUCUGUUGAUGAUCAGCAAUGGAAUCGGACAAAUGUCGUGUCUCUAUGCAAACCAAGAAAACAUGAAGCGUGUUUAUUUCGGAGGUUACUUCAUUCGUGGGCACCCAGUCACCAUGAGAGCUAUCACAUUUGCUCUCAAUUACUUUUCAAAGGGUGAAGUACAAGCCUUAUACUUGAGGCACGAGGGUUACUUGGGUGCUAUUGGUGCUUUUCUCAAGGGUGCAGAAGAGGAUGACACUGAUAAAUACCAAUGGGGUGAGAAUUUUGCUGGCAGUUCAGGAUUUAGUAGCCCGACACCCUUCAUUGAUUUCUCGGAAACGGACACACCUAGCACUUGUGAUUUGUUUGAAAUGGAUCGACUAGACAGAGUACUUGUCCCUUGUCCUAGACUCAGAUGUCCAGCCACAUAUGUAGCUGAUCUAGUGGAUUUGACAAAUGAUGCUAAUGCGUGUGCCUAUUGGUUGAAAUGUUUUGAAGAAGCUUUGACACGGGUUGGGGAGUAUGCAAUGAAAAGUCAGUCAUCGACACAGGAUGCAAUUGACAGAGCUGAAGCAUUUAAGGAAAAGUAUAAGAAGCGUUUACAUAUACUUCAAGACCAGCCCUUUGCCUUCGGUUCAUUAACUGUCAGAAGCCUCCUCGAGACGCGAGAGCAGUGUCUGUAUGAGUUUAGUUUUCCCGAUCCAUAUUGUCAUUUAAAACGUCAAGAGAAUGAGUCAGCAUUGAAAUUUCUACCAAGUCGGUUGAAUCAGCUAGAUUCCAUGAACUGGCUUGGACGACAGAUGGCACUCAUAGAGGGCGUACUUGCUGGCAAUGUUUUUGACUGGGGUUCUAAGGCUGUCACAACUUUAUUAGAAAAAGGUAAUUUUGGUUUUAUGGAAGCGAAGUCUAGCCUUCAACCCAGACCUUGGUUGGUGGAUGACAUGGAUGCCUGGUUAGAGAGACUAAAGGGUCCACCUCAUAAAAGAGUGGUUAUAUUUGUGGAUAACAGUGGUGCUGAUAUUAUUUUGGGGAUAUUUCCACUAGUUAGGGAGUUCCUAAAGCGAGGAACACAGGUUAUCUUAUCUGCCAACUCAAAGCCUGCCCUCAAUGACAUCACUCAUUAUGAGUUAGUCAUCAUUGUAGAGCGCAUUGUAACGAUGGAUGAGACCAUACGCACAGCCCUCUAUGAGAAACAGUUGCAGCUGAUUCAAAAUGGCAGUGGGUCUCCUUGUUUAGAUCUCAGUCGCAUUGAUCAAACAAUAGCAUCAUGCUGCGAGGAAGCAGACCUGAUAAUUCUUGAAGGCAUGGGUCGUGCGAUUCACACAAACUACAGUGCAUGUUUCUCUUGUGAAUGUCUAAAGCUUGCGGUGCUGAAAAAUAAAUGGCUCGCAGAGAGGUUUGGAGGCGACAUGUUCAGUAUUGUAGUCAAAUAUGAGGUGGUACAGUAAGGUAGCAAAUUACAAUCAUGCUGAGAAGGUGGUGACAGGUUUAGUAUUUCAUCAAAUAUAUAUGAGACGGUGCAGUAAGGCAGCUUAUUAAACUGUAAAAUAUAAAAAUUAAUAUUAUAAUUAGGAUGGUGAUGACAACAAUAUGAUUGAUGAAGAUGAUGGAUGAUGAUGUAAUUGAUGAAUUGAUGAUGAUGACAAUGCAGAAAGAUAAAUGAUUAUAAAAAUAGUUUAAAUAAUGAUGAUGAUUUAGAAAGUUUUUAACAAAUAUAAUGCCAAAGCAAAUAUCAGUUUUAAGUGUCCAUAUAAGACUUAGACAAGUCUUUUUUACUUUGUUUUAUCAAACUUCCUUUUCUGUAAAUCUUCAGAUGAGGUGAGGGAAAAGUGAUUCUUUUUUCUUAUUUAACACAAUGCUUAAAUCAUCUAGGUGCAGAAAAAAAAUAAAAUAAUAAAUUUGAGGAAUAAAAUUAUGUGAGUGUAUUGGUAAGAAAAGUAAUCUGGUGCCUUUAGCCUCUGAUUGGAGAUCAAAAGGCAUAGUCAUAGAAAGAAUGCAAUGUAAAUAGUUCAGUAAUUGUACUCAUAAAUGCUUUAUAAUUAUUCUAUUGUGAGGAAAAAUAAAGAUUCCUUAUCACUGACGAUUUCAUGGCAAGGGCAAGCGAAAUAAGUGUACAGAAAAGUUGUAUUAUUUUUUACGACAGCUGGUUUGGUAGCAGGCUAACAAAAAAAUGGUUUUACUCUAAAUUAUCAAUUUUAUCAGGUGGCAUGUUUGCAAAACAAUGUAUAAUAAAAAUCUUGUCUUAAUACAAUUAUCAUAAUAACAUUCUAA